AUGCCUGGAGCACAGAUUCUACUGUUCCUGCAGAGUCUGACGCGUAGGAAACCUCUGGAGCCCGAGGGUGAAGAGUCCAACUUUCGCCGGUGCCUGACCACCCUUGACCUGGUGGCUCUGGGGGUCGGCAGCACACUUGGGGCCGGGGUGUAUGUGCUGUCGGGAGAAGUUGCCAGAGCCGUGGCCGGGCCGAGUAUCAUUAUCUCUUUCCUGAUAGCGGCAGUGGCCUCAAUAUUUGCUGGACUGUGUUAUGCUGAAUUUGGAGCUCGUGUUCCCAAGACUGGCUCUGCCUAUCUCUAUAGCUAUGUGACUGUGGGAGAGAUUUGGGCUUUUAUCACCGGCUGGAACCUGCUGCUGUCUUAUGUCAUCGGGACAUCGAGUGUAGCCAGGGCAUGGAGUGGGACCUUCGAUGACCUCAUUGGAAAUGUCAUCGCCAACUCUCUGGGCAAACAGGCUGCGAUGGGUUUACCUGGAUUAGCUCCUUACCCAGACUUCUUUGCAGCUGCUCUCAUAAUGCUCCUGGCAGGGAUUCUUGCAUUUGGUGCGAAGGAGUCGGCCACAGUGAAUAAGGUUUUUACUGCGGUUAACGUCCUGGUGCUGCUGUUUGUUAUCACCUCUGGUUUCAUUAAGGGUGACAUCAACAACUGGUACAUCACUGAAGACACUAUCAUAAGUGCAUAUGAAAACCACACGUCACUGAAUGAUACCUCCAGAUAUGGCAGUGGGGGAUUUCUCCCUUUCGGCUUUGAGGGUACAUUAGCGGGUGCGGCCACUUGCUUUUAUGCAUUCGUCGGAUUUGAUUGUAUUGCCACAACAAGUGAGGAGGUUAAAAACCCACAGAAGUCGAUCCCUCUUGGCAUCGUGGCAUCUCUCCUCAUCUGCUUCUUGGCCUAUUUCGGUGUGUCUGCUGCCCUGACUCUCAUGAUGCCCUACUAUUUGCUCAGUGUUCACAGCCCACUGCCUGCAGCCUUUACAUACAUCGGUUGGGGCCCUGCGAAGUACGCAGUGGCUGUGGGAUCCCUCUGUGCACUGUCAACCAGCCUUCUCGGAUCAAUGUUCCCGAUGCCUCGCGUUAUCUUUGCCAUGGCCAGGGACGGACUUCUCUUCACACCGCUCAGCAAACUCAGUGACAGACAAAGUCCUGUCAUAGCAACCCUGGUGUCAGGGGUUGCAGCAGCUAUCAUGGCAUUGGUGUUUGACCUGAAGUCACUGGUUGACAUGAUGUCGAUUGGAACCCUCUUCGCCUACACACUUGUUGCCAUAUGUAUCCUCAUAUUAAGAUACCAAGCAGACCUCAGUGAAAAUUCCGGACGCAGCGAACCAGAUCCUUUUACCAUUCAUGAAGUCUUCAGUCCUCCCUCACAACCAACUUUACGGACGUCAAAAAAUGUCUCUGUUCUAGCUGUUUUUACUGUCUUUUUAGCUAUCAUCCUGAGCCUCCUCAUAUCUGGAGCUGUAGACUCCCUGCAGGCCCUGGAGUGGUGGAGUUUACUCUGCGUCUCUGUGAUCGUACUGAUUCUGCUACUCAUUAUCUUGAUCAUCUGGAGACAACCACAAAGUUCAACAAAAGCUGCUUUCAUGGUUCCAUUUGUGCCAUUGCUUCCUAUAUUCAGCACCAUUGUCAAUGUCUACCUUAUGGCUCAGCUUGGAUCGGACACAUGGAUCCGCUAUGCAGUGUGGAUGGCAAUAGGUUUAAUCAUCUACUUUUGUUAUGGGGUUCGGCACAGUGUGCAGAAAGAAAGGCUUCAACAUUCCCCCAAUCAAGUCCAAUUUCACAGCAUCACCACUAAUACAGUGCCAAACGAACCUGGACAAGAUUACAAUGGCUAA